UUAGUACCUCUAUUUCUUACGAAACAACUGUGUAGGGGUUAAAGUAUCGACCUGAAGUCCUGUGCAAAUACUGACCUAGCUAUGAGCUCUGCACCCCAGCCUUUGGUGCCUGUUAAAUUCAAAACAAGCUCAGCUGCUUUUUUUUCCCUUGGAUAGAAACUGGUGGGGGUGGGGAGAGAAAGAGGGAACUGGGAAGAGGAAGGGGAAGUUAAACCUUGCUUCCCUCACUGUCUUUCAGAAAACCAAAUAUGGCAUCUUCCAUGAGGAGCUUGUUUUCUGACCACGGCAAAUAUGUUGAAUCUUUCCGGAGGUUUCUCAACAAUUCCACGGAGCACCAGUGCAUGCAGGAAUUCAUGGACAAGAAGCUGCCAGGCAUAAUAGCAAGCUAUGAGAAUUCUGUUAAGAAA